UAUAAAAAUAUUCAUUUUACAUUCUUUUUCGUACUAAGUCUUUGGAAUUCAGAUGUAUUCUGUACUUAAAAUGCAUGCACAACUCAACUCAAACUGGCCACAUUUCAAACUCUCAGAAGUCAGGCAUAGACAGCUCUGCUUUCAAGAAACAAGCCCAGACCGCGGCUUGCGGACACACAGGCCUUCGAGAUUGAAAGGGUUAACCGCCCGCAGGCCAGGGGGACCUGCGGAGUUGUAAACCUCAGCUCUGCGGAGCAUGCUGGGAGUUGUAGUCUGCGCCCGUCCACUCCAGGGUCCGGUGGGCGUUGUAGGCCUCGGGCUUGCGGAGCAUGCCGGGAAUUGUAGUCCGCGCCCGCUUGUGGCGGGGUCUGCGUAUCAUGGCCGUCUACGCCGCGCUCUCUCAGUCUUCCGCUUGGCCCCAGAAAGUUUCGGUUCUGCCCAGCGGUGGACCCACGAGCGCGUGCCGGCAUGGGGUCUGACUUCUGCUGACCGGACCACUGGGCAGGAGGUGCGCCGCCCCGCCAGGCGGCCUGCAGCCCGUCGCCAUGGCCUCGGCCAGCGUGGAGAGCCAGCUCCAGAGGAUCAUCCGCGAUCUGCAAGGUGCUGUGACAGAACUGAGCAAAGAAUUUAAGGAAGCAGGGGAGCCCAUCACAGACGACAGCACCAGCUUGCAUAAGUUUUCUUACAAACUCGAGUAUCUGCUCCAAUUUGAUCAGAAGGAGAAGGCCACCCUCCUGGGCAACAAGAAGGACUACUGGGACUACUUCUGCGCCUGCCUGGCCAAGGUGAAAGGAGCCAACGAUGGGAUCCGAUUCGUCAAGUCCAUUUCGGAGCUCCGCACGUCUCUGGGGAAGGGAAGAGCAUUUAUCCGCUACUCCUUGGUGCACCAGCGGCUGGCCGACACCUUGCAGCAGUGCUUCAUGAACACCAAAGUGACCAGCGACUGGUACUACGAAAGAAGCCCCUUUCUGAAGCCGAGGCUGAGCUCUGACAUUGUGGGCCAGCUCUAUGAGCUGACCGACGUUCAGUUUGACCUGGCGUCCAGAGGCUACGACUUAGAUGCCGCCUGGCCAACAUUCGCCAGGAGGACACUGUCCCCCGGCUCCUCUGCCUACAUGUGGAAGCCCCCCAGCCGAAGCUCCAGCAUGAGCAGCUUGGUGAGCAGCUACCUGCAGACUCAGGAUAUGGCCUCCAGCUUUGACCUGAGCAGCACCUUGAACAACGAGGCCCUGGAGGGGUUCGAUGAGAUGCGGGUGGAGCUGGACCAGCUGGAGAUGCGGGAGAAGCAGCUGCAGGAGCGCAUACAGCAGCUGGACAGAGAGAACCAGGAGCUGAGGGCAGCCGUCAGCUCAAAGGAAGAGCAGCUGCAAGUGGAGAGGGAGAAGGGUCGCUGUGCUGCCCAGGAGAGCGUUCGCCUCACACACAUGGUGGCCGGGCUCCAGAAGCAGCUGGAGAUCACCCAGGCCACGCAGAACACCGUGACGGAGCUGCAGGCGUGCCUGCAGGCCCUGGAGCUGGGCGCUACGGAGAAGAAGGAUGAGGACCACCACUCGGACCUGCAGCGACUGGAGCCCAUGCUGCAGCUGCUGGCACAGGAGCUCGAGGCCACCCGGGCCUCGCUGGGCAGGAAGAACCAGAUUUUAGCCAGUGUCCCAGAUCCGCCGGGCACAGCUGAGCAGAAGGCCGAUGUGGCACUGGACACAGAGGGGCAGCAGCAGCAGCUCAUCCCCAGUGCCUCGGCCCGGGAGAUCCAGGAGCUGGGGGAGAAGCUUCAAGCUCUAGAACGAGAGCGCACCGAGGCCCAGGAGCUCAACAGGCAGCAGAGUGCCCGGCUGGAGCAGCUGGCCAACGAGCUGCAGCUGAAGGAGGAGGCCCGGGCGGGCCUGGAGCGCCUCGUCGGGGAGACGGCCUCACUCCAGGAGGAGCUGUCCGGGAAGCGGAAGGAGGCAGCCGAGCUCCAGCAACGGCUGCAGGAGGCACUCGCCCACCUGAACUCCGCGGAGGAAGAGCUGGCAGAGCUGAGGCAGGAGGAGAAGCGGCAUGGACAGGAGAAGGAGCUGCUGCAGCGGGAGGCCAAGUCCCUGGUAUGGCAGCUGCAGCUCCUGGAGACGCAGCUGGCACAGGUGAGCCAGCAUGUGAGUAACCUGGAGGAGGAGAAGAAGCAGCUCAUCCGGGACAAGGACCACCUCAGCGAGAAGGUGGGGACACUCGAGCGGCUUGCUGGGCAGCCGAGCCCAGGCCCGCCUGUGGUAGGUGAGGAGAGCGAGGCUCUGGAUUCCACCCCUCAGGACUCUGCCCCACAGCCAGCCUCGGAGAUGCCGGGGGAGCAGGGAGGCCUGCAGGAGGGACCGACAGGCGAUACCAAAAUGCAAGGGAGCAGCCAGGAGGAGGAGCUGCAGCAGGCCAACAGGGAGCUGGAGAAGGAGCUGCAGAGUGUGGUAGCACGCAACCAGCUCCUGGAGGACAAGCUGCAGGCCCUGCAGGCUGAUUACCAGGCACUACAGCAGCGGGAGGCGGCCAUCCAGGGCUCCCUGGCUUCCCUGGAGUCCGAGCAAGCCAGCAUCCGGCACAUGGGUGACCAGAUGGAGGCCAGCCUCCUGGCUGUGAAGAAGGCCAAGGAGACCAUGAGGGCCCACGUAGCAGAGAAGGAGGCUGCCCUGCAGAGCAAGGAGGCUGAGUGCCAGCAGCUGCGGGAGCAGAUAGAGCAUGGCCGGCAGCUGGCAGAAGCCCGGGAAGGGGAGCUUAAGGCUCUGGAGAGCCAGUGCCAGCAGCAGGCCCAGCUGAUUAAGACCCUCACAGCAGAAAAAGGCCAAGGGGAGCUCAGCUCACCUCAAGAAAAUGCAUCUCAGGAGCUAGCUGCCCAGCUGGUCCUAUCUCAGGCGCAGCUGGAGGUCUACCAGGGAGAGGCUCAGCGAGUGCAGGCGGAGGUGGUGGACCUCCGGGCGAAGCUGCAGGCAGCACUGGGCGACCAAGAGAAGGUGCAGAGCCAGCUGAGCGUGACCGAGGCAGCUCUGCAGGAGCACAAGGCCCUUGUGCAGCAACUGAAGGAACAGAACGAAGCCCUCAACAGAGCCCACAUCCAGGAGCUGCUGCAGUGCUCAGAGCAGGAAGGGGCCCUGCAGAAGCAGAGGGCCCAUGAGUUCCAUCUGAAGAUGGAGGAGCUGUCUCAGGCCAAAUGCAGCUCCCAGGAAGCCCAGCUGGAACACGCCGAGCUGCAGGAGCAGCUGCACCGCGCCAACACGGACACCGCCGAGCUUGGCAUCCAGGUCUGCGCGCUGACUGCUGAGAAAGAGCGGAUGGAGGGCGUACUGGCUCGCACCAUCCAGGAGCUCCAGGAUGCCAAAGAGGCGGCCUCCAGGGAGCGAGAGGACCUGCAACGCCAGGUGGCGGGCCUGCAGCGAGAGAAGGAGGGCUUGCAGGAGAAGCUGAAGGUGGCCGAGGAGGCAGCUAGCUUACUGCCUCGCCUGCAGGACCAGCUGGCCCAGGCCGAGCAGCGGGCCCAGAGCCUCCAGGAGACUGCGCACCAGGAGCUCGAUACCCUCAAGUUCCAGAUGAGCACCGAGAUCAUGGACUACCAGAGCAAACUUAAGACUGCCAGUGAAGAGUGCAGGAGCCUCCAGGGCCAGCUGGAGGAGCGAGGCCGGCAGCUGCAGGCCACCGAGGAGGCGGUGGGGAAGCUGGAGGCCGCCCGGGCAGGUGUGGGAGAGGAGCUGAGCCGCACCAGCGCGCAUCUCUCGGAGUGCCAGGCCGCCGUGCUGACGAAGGACCAGGAGGGGGCCGCCCUGCGUGAGAACUUGGACAGGACCCAGAAGGAACUCGAAAAGGCCACAGCAGAAAUCCAAGAGUAUCGCAGCAAACUCUGCCAGGAGGUGACAGACCGGAAGAAGAGUGACCAGAAGCUGCUGGCUGACCUGGACGACCUGUCUAGAACCAAGAAGUACCUGGAGGAGCGGCUGAUAGAGCUGCUCAGGGACAAGGACGCCCUCUGGCAGAAGUCCGACGCCCUGGAGUUCCAGCAGAAGCUCAGUGCCGAGGAGAAGCUGCUCGGGGACGCAGAGGCCAGCCACUGCCUCGACUGCAAGCGGGAGUUCAGCUGGAUGGUGCGGCGGCACCACUGCAGGGCCUGCGGCCGCGGUUUCUGUUACUACUGCUGCAGCAACUACGCCGUGACCAAGGCCGGGGGCAAGAAGGAGCGCUGCUGCCGGGCCUGCUUCCAGAAGCUCGGCGGGGGCCGGGCCUCCCCGGACAGCACCAGCUCAGGCGCCAGCCAGGGGCAGCCCAGCCCCACCCCGUCACCAGCCCAGGCUGGGCUCCAGGCCACCGGAGGCCAAGGCGCGCACAUGGACCUCCGGCCCCCGGACGACACCAUGUUCGACAUCAUCACGGAUGAGGAGCUGUGCCAGAUCCAGGAGUCCGGCUCCUCCCUGCCUGAGACACCCACUGAGACCGAUUCUCUGGACCCCAGCAUGGCGGAACAGGACGCCACGUCCAGCUCGCUGACCCCGGAGGACUCCGAGGACAUGCUGCUGGGGCAGGACACGGAGAUCCGCCUGCUGCGGUCCGGAGAGCUGAUGAUAAAAGUGCCCUUCACAGUGGAAGAGAUCGCCAGCUUCGGGGAGGGCAGCCGGGAGCUGUUUGUGCGGUCCAGCACCUACAGCCUCAUCCCCAUCACCGUGGCCGAGGCGGGCCUCACCAUCAGCUGGGUCUUCUCCUCCGACCCCAAGAGCAUCUCCUUCAGCGUGGUCUUCCAGGAGGCCGAGGACGCGCCGCUGGAACAGUGCAAGGUCCUCAUCCCCACGACCCGCUGCAGCUCGCACAAGGAGAGCAUCCGGGGCCAGCUCAAGGUGCGCGCGCCGGGCGUCUACAUGCUCAUCUUCGACAACACCUUCUCCAGGUUUGUCUCCAAGAAAGUGUUUUAUCACUUGACAGUUGACCGGCCGGUGAUCUAUGAUGGAAGUGACUUCCUGUAGCCCCGGGCACCUGGGUUUUCGGUUUCACUUUAGCCACAAGAAACGCUACUUUUCUCACCUGUCACAUAAAACACUAAAACAAAAACAAACAACAAACAGCCAGCCCCUCCAGGGCUGAUCAGCUAUGCAACUUGGGGCUGCAGGCCCUCACUGCCCCCACAGCCUCUCUGGGCAUUGGCUCGCUGGGCCCAGGCUGCAGGGGCUCCGGCAGCGUUUCCCUCGGUGGGGGGCCUGGCCGGCUCACAGCCGGAGGGGUGCUCUGCCGAAGGAAGGGUUCCACCGCCCCUGCAACCCGCUGCCCCCGCCCCCCAGGACACAGUUGAUUCCAAGGCUGCUGCAGAGAGGUUCACAGGCCAGCCAGCGGUGACACCAGCGUCUGCCCGUGGAGCGAGCUGCCCUGCUCUGCCCCGCCUGGGCCCAGGCAUCCUGAGUGGCCAUGAGCCGGGUGCCCAGGGGCCCUUCUGAGGUCUGAGCCAGCCUCUUCCUGUCAUGCUCCUGUCCCUCCCUGCCCCGGUGAGUCGGGGUUGCCCCCAGACCCAGCAUUUCAGGAGGGCCCCCAGCUGCGCCAUCCCCCUGGCCCUCCUGUCGGCACGCUUCUGUGCUAAGGCAGAGGCCCUCACCCCCACCCCGGCCUCCCGUCUGUUCAGAACGUCACCCUGACAACGAGAACCGAGGACACAUCUGGAAACAGAACCCGUCACACUCAGGGCCUGCAGCGGCUGGCUGUGUACAGCUGGCUGAAGCCCAGUGCUGGCCAAGGUCAAUGCCACGACGAAGUAGGGUCAGGCCGUGGCCUUGAGGUCCCACUUCUCAGCUGACAACCUUUGUUUACACAAGCGAGGGCCCCGGCUUUACGUGCAGACGCGUGUACUAAUGAUCAUAGGGCGAGAACCACUUUCAAACCAGCCAGUCUGCGGUGACUCGCGUGUCAGCAGGUGUGGUUCGUGAAUCUGCCCUCUGCUCACCUUUUGGCCUCAGCUCCCCGCCGGCCAGGUUCCUGCACUGCACCUGCCCACUUCCUGCGGCUCAGCCCGUGCCUGGCAACCAGGGACCCCCCUCCGCCGCAGACAGAUCAGCCCUGAGCCCUGCUUCCUCUAUACAGACAAGAAGGAAAUAAUCUUUCUGUUCUCCUGCCCUUUCUCUGCCGCAGAAAGCCGCCUUUGAUGGCCUCCCUGUGCCCUUUCUGGGGUGGGGGGGGGCAAGUGCUGGGCCCCGGGCCGUCCUCUAGGUCGCCUGGUGACCAGGGCAAGUCACGGCACCUCAGGGCUUCGUUCUGUCGUCUGCCAGUCUCAUCGGGCUGGUUCUGAGGGCUUAGGACAGGCUGGGGGCCCAGGCUGAGUCCAGCAGGGACCCCGCGUGCCCUGGGCCCCAGCAGCGUGCUCUCCUGGGGGCCGGGGUGGGAGGAGAUGACCUUUGCAAUGGACUCAGACCCUCAUUUAAACAGGAGACUUGGGUGCCUCCAGUUCAUUUAAAUGGGGACUGGUGCACAGAACCUUCCAGAGAAAAGGUGGGCCUGGUGCUCUCUUUGGAGCAGCCUCUGGCAGAAAGCCAGCAGAGUCUCUGCCCUCUCCUGCUGGCCCAGGGCCUGCUGGCGCUCAGCACCAAGAGAGGAAAUGGCCAGGCCCCCAGGGCCCUUGGCCCCAUGCUGGCCCUCAAGGGCGUGCGGCAGCGUGAGGUGGGUUGUUUCGGAGCACCUGCCCUGCCUUCCAAUGCAGCCGCCCUGCAGGAGAGGGAAGCGGGGAGUAGCAGGUUCACCGUUUGCAGGGAAACGACAGUUAGAAGAGAACCCUAAGCAGCCUGGCGUCUCGUGAGUACUGAGCUUUCCCCGGACAUGAGGCAGUCCGAGCUGAUGGCCCUCCCCUGGUGUCGCCACCAUCCACAGGCAGAACCAACAUCUAGCAGAUGCUGAUCUGCUUCCUGCAAAAGUCUGGGAUACUCCAGUGGAGUGGGUACAUUCCUGCUGCAGCUUAAAAAACUGUGUGGCUCUUCGACCCAGAGCCACCCUGGAGAGCAGGGGCCCAUGGUGAGCACCCUGCACCGUCAGCUGCAGUUUACCGGGCUCAGAGGACCGCCCGAUCGCUGGUGGCCGCGGCCUGCCUGUGCAGCCUGUUUGUGUUUUGUGCCGGACGGACCCCUGUCCUUGGUUGUUUCGCUGUGCGAGCUCGAGUUCGCUGUGCACUCUGCGGCUGGAGAACAUCUUGCCCUAUUUAAGUGGCUUGUACAAAUAGCUUUAUUAUUUUUAAACAGGCUCCCAGCUUUACUGAGGCUCUGGGUUUGGGGUACCUUUUAAAAAUGCAAAUGACAACGAACUACUGAAGGCGGUAGCCCGGGCAGUAGACGAAAUUACACUAGAAAUCAGCAAAGAGGAGGCGUCCCUGGGACCCCAGAUCACGCACACACACCCGCCCAGCAGCCCCUCCGUGGCCCACAGCUCUCUAACAGCCACUUGUUUUUAGUGCUGACACUGGCUGUCCCCACGGCCUCAGCCACUGAACCUCCCUGAGCACGUGGCCUCCGGGCGCACACUCGUCCACGAGGAAGUGUGUGGGAGAAAGCGUGACCUCUGCGGAGCACUCUGGCUGGAGCCCACGGGCCAGCAAGCCGGCUGAACAAGAGCAGACGCGUCUCAUGCAGGGUUCUGGGAGUGAAACCCCCCACCCCGGGGUUGGGAGAGUGGGAAUAAAAAGCCAUGUAACGUAACUCCGAAGUACAGGGGGUGGCUUUUCCGGGCAGUUGUCACCCACCCACGGUGGCAAAGCCACUCCAGGCUCACGUGAACGGAAGUCCCCCAUUUGGGGGUGAAGGCUCAGAGUCCUGGUGCUGGCAGACGCCCCCUGAGACAGUGUCACGGGGGUUCCAUCUCAUGAGUGUCCCUGGCCCAGCACGCUGGGGGUUCGAGCAGAGAAGCCGUGCUCGGUGCUUGGAGCCCAGGGCCGCCCGCAGGGGGACCGCCGCGCCAGCCCUCCACCAUGAGAGACACGCAAAAGGCACUUUUUAGGGGAAACUUGGGCAAGUUUUUCUCAUUGUGGUUCUUUCAAGGAAAUGGGACAGACUGAAUAGAGCUUUUUCCCCCUUAUUCACUUUUUUUAAAUGAUGAAGUAGACCUUUGAAUUUUGGGAGGCAUCCCCGAUAAGAACGCUCCCUCCCGUGGAACUUUAUGACGGGUCGUCCGGAGACGCGCCUGCCUCCGGCGGCUGCCACACCGGGGCCUCUGCUGCUCAGCCUCCGACUGGAAUUGCACUUGAACUGACUAGUCCUCAAUUCUCGCGGCCUUAGGGGACAGCGGGUCUGGGGACCCAGUCCCUCCUUAUCUGCCAAAGAAUUACCCAGAAGCACAUCAGAUGCCAACGCCCCACCUGCCCGGCGGGGGUGAGAAACUCUGUACCCCAAACAUUUCUUUAUAGCACCUGCUGCAUCAUUUGGAAAUGUGUUUUUAACCUCAGGAUUUAAAUAAACACUAUGACAUUG